AUGAAAACACCAAAUAGAAAAAGUAAAUUUCAAGGUAAUCAUAAUCAGGUCUCAGCCAUACAUCUCAACUCUCAAAAGUUUGAGCCUGCAGAAUGUCUUGACGACAACCAGAAGCGCCGUCAGAAAGGAGGUGGGGGAGGGGGGGCUGCAGCCUGCGGUCAUCAAUAUCUGCAGGCCAUCUGUCAUAGGGGUCUAUGGGGGGGCACAGUAUCCACUCACAGGGCGAGAAGGACAUAUGGUGAACCACAAAGUUACAGAGCACCACUCACAGGGAGAGGAGAAGGGCCAGACAAACAGAGACACAGAAACAUUCAGACAGACAGACAGAGAGACACAGAGACAUUCAGACAGACAGACAUUCACACAGACAGACAGACAGACAUAUUCAGACAGACAGAGACACAGAGACAUUCAGACAGACAGACAGAGAGACAGACAGACGUGAGUGGAGAGAGUUGAAAACAAUGAGAGAAUGGGGAGCAAGUAAGAGAGAGAGAUGGCAUUUGUAGAUGACAGUCAGACUACAGUGUGUCAAAUGGUAGGCAUGUGUCUGAGAAAUGUCCUUCAUUGAUUUGUAAGUAACUGAUUGAUAGACUAGAACUCAGUGAUCGGGGUUUGGCAUCCCUAUCUGACAGAACACAACCUUACUGUAGCAUGUUGCUGUACUACAAAUGUGGUGUAAUAGCCUGAAAGAAGAACAUAAUUACACUGAAAUUAAGGGUAUAGGCUAUGAGUUUUCAUUAGCCUAUGAGUAGGCCUACUAGGCCUAUAACUUGUUUCCACACUAUUGCCAAGUUAGAACCACUUUAUUGCAUGCUACCAACAUAAUUGUAUUAACUAAAUUAAUCUGAUUGUGCAUUUGUACACACUACUUCAGUAUUAUAUAAUUCGUUUCAUUACAUAUUAUGGGAAAUUGGUAGGGUAUGCCUUCCUUUCACCUGCUGAUAAGAUUCUGAGGGAGGCAUUCUAAGAAAUGAAAGCUUCCUUUCAGAGACACUUUGAAAGCUCAAGCAUCUUUGAGGAGUUGCAAUGAGAGAACCGGGGAAGAAGUUGGAUUUCACUUGUGACUUACUAGGGAUACCGCGACCCCUUUGUGUUAGUUUUCAAUGGGCAUUGUUUUGGAACGCUGACAGUGUGCGACGCUCUCAUUGGCUGUUUUUGGAAACAAUAACAGGACCGGUGGCCUCUGAUUGGUUCAAAUCGACAGCUGCCCAAUAAUACCCUCCUUCCCGACUCAUACGUUUCUCUACCCAACUUUCUUUAGUAUGAAGUAAAGUUGCCUGUGUUUGGAAGCAGUGUACAAGGGGAAAAGUCACAGCAAAGAUGAAGCUGUGUAAAACCUUUUUAGGUGAGUCGCCUAUUUAUCAUCUGUUUCUCUCUCUCUCUUCAGUAAGCAAUGUGUUGAUGGCUAACUGAACUAUGGUUAGGAGCAGAUGUGACGGUCUAAGCAUCUGUCACUUUUUAGUCUGUUAGGAUAGGCCUUGCCUGCUCUUCUGUUAUAGCUUAAACUUGCAUGUUCUCUAUUCAAAGUCAUUAAAAGACACAUAUUCAUCGUAAAGAAAGUGUCAGUAUUUGCAUUGGCUUUAGGGAUGAUAAAUAAGCAUCUUCCACCCACUACUAGACACACACAGGUGGCGUCAACUUUAUUUAAACAUACUCGAAUUAUGUGACUUCUUCGUAUUUCAUUAGCAAAAACUCAUCAACUCUAUUUACACAAUGUCUAAAUAUAACCCAAAAUGUACGGAAGCUAUAAGCUUGUCGACAACGUAUAAACAAAGGUUGAUUUGCAGUCUGUGCCCAGUUGCUGAAUUUUCUGGGCCUUUUAACCGUUCAGCUGUUUAUGGAAAGUUUUUCUGUACAUGCCCGAAUUUAUAUUAAUAGAAAAACUAUGUUGAAUCUUAACCACACAAGGCUCUUUGUGCUGACCAAAGAUUUCCUGAACUCACACUCUGUUCAGACACUUUGUUAGACAAAGGAAAGUUUUGUCCCCUCAGGGAUUAGUGGCUCUUAACUCUGUAUAGGAGACGUCAGGCUGCAGGCGUAUUAAAAACAUUUUGUGCGGGGUGGGGGAGUCUGUCAGAUUGGUCCAUCUGUUUUUGGGGAGUCGAGAGAGCAGCCUACCCUCUCGUCGGUCACCCCCUAUGUAAUAUUUAUACAGCCCGUCCCAGUCAUAGCAGAUCCGACGCUAAUUGUAUUCCAGAGCAGGGCUGUCCAUCUGCACUGUGGCUUUAAAAAAUGACUGCGAUCGGGGAAAAAAGGCCCCAGCUGGUAACCGAAGAGGAGUUGAGACUUUAAAUAUGCAAAACUCUUUUGAAGUUGCUCGAGCUUUAACAGUGCCAAAAUUGAGAUUUGUUUUUCAACAUAUUUGCAACCGGACGUUUGAGGGGUAUAGACUAGGCCUAGUAGGGUACUUUAUAUGCCCAAUAAGUAAAAUCAUUUAUUUACACGCACUCAAAAGUGUAUACUACUAUAAAGCUACUAAUAGCAUAUUCGUUUCGUUUAAAUUAUUGAUUGGUUAUCCAAAUUUGUAUAGGUAUAGGCUGCAUGAUUUGACGAUUAGACCUAGAUUAUGGUCAUAGCCUAUAUAUUCGUGGUUGUAUUAGCAUUUAUUAGCCUACUAUAUUUAAUCAAUACAUUGUUCUAAAGUAGCUUUUUUUCUGUAACAUUAUUUGAUUUUCUUCAAAACAAAAUCAGUAGAGAGCAAAUAUAGGAAAGGAUACUGUAGGGCUACUACUACUUUGUCCAGAGGAGCUCAGGCUGUAGGCCUAAUCAUAUUUUGCGGAGUACUGCCUGUGUGUUGUUGCACAAGAAAAACGAGUUCCCUCUGAGAGGGGUAUGUUACGCUUUUUUUGCCUUGACACCAAUGUUUCAGUUUUUGGCUAAAUGACUAAAAUGUGAAAUGUGAAAUAUUUUGGUUGAUAUAGGCAGACACAAAGUGCUACGAAAACAUUGUCUGUAACAGACACCAUGCAAUUCGAUUGUUUUUUUUCUCUCAAUAAAACAUCGGCUAUUUAAGUUAACUUUGAAGGAAUUUCAAUCGGUGUGAAUUGGAAAGUGGUUUAUAUUUAGCUCUGAGAGUAGUUACCACAUCUAUAAGGACAAAUGUUAUUUUUAUGGAUCGCUGUUUUAGCAGAACGCUCUAGCUACUGUCCAUGGUGCUGAAACUAAGGCACGCACCACCCGGGGUACUGAACUCUUCAAGAUAUUUUCAGCGGUGCUUAGAUUUACCUUGAUACUGAUGUUGAGGGAGGGUGUAGACUACAGAAAAUUAUGAUUGAUGCUGCAGCAUGAAUACUGAUAUAAAAAAUUAACCGGAGUAACCGAAGCCCCUCUUAGCCUAUGUUGUGGGGUUUGCUAUGGUGAUGUCAGAGAAUGGGGGGAGGGGUGAACAAUGGCCCAUGAGCGAAAGGUAAGGCAAUAUUACGUAGGCCUGUUCUCGCUGACAAAGGCAAAUGAAGCCAUGUUUUUUUGCUUAUGAAUUUUGGAGUAGGCUAUUCUACAUUUAAAGUUGGAGUAAUGCCGCUUUUGUAAACUGAAGACUGGUGGAAGAGCACUCAGCUCCGGAUUAUGUUUGAUGUCUCUAACGGUCAAUGAAAGAGGUGCGGGGAAAUUGUGGACGUAGUAUUCAACGCUGAGAAGAAGUUGUUGAAAUAGGAAUCAGGAGGCCCGCCUUACCUACUUGAAACAACGAAGCAACCAGAGUCAUUCAAGAAUGGUAUUUAUAAUCAUAUUACGGUUUCAAAUUCUGUAGUAUAGUUAAAUGAUUGUGUUCCUCAAAUGUGUUUGAAAUCAGAUUAAACCUAUUUAUUAUCUUUUCGCGAACAUCCAUUGCUGUUGGUUUCUAUCGCCUAAUGGACGUCCGGGUCUUAAUUCUUAAAGAUGAGGUCUCUUUAGGAUGCUCAUUCAUAUAGAACAUAAUUGUAUCUUAUUUCACAUAACCUUCAGUAAUAUAGACUUAAGGCAUGAACAAACAGAACACACAGUUCUGUUUUGGUAAUCCAAAAGUAAUCCAAACGACCAGAGAACGUCAUUUCGGACGAAUGUCGAACUCUUUUGAUAGUACCCUUGAAAAAAACGUUGAUCGUUUUGAUAUGAGUUUCAGAAUAAGCUAUAUUGUUCACAGUUUGUAAAAGCAUUAAUUUGUGAUUUGUAUCCGACUUCGUGUUGCUUAGGGUUUCUGAAACUUCGAGGAAAGAGGCAUAUAGACCUAAUGUUGAUAAGUUUGAAAGCUGUAGGCCUAUUGUGUGGCAUUGUACAUAGCCAUGUAAUUGUAUUUUAUGGUUUCUCCUUUCUUUCCAUUAUGAAGAGCCUAUAGAAAAUUAGGCAACCGGGGAGAUAAUAUAAAAUAAUAUUUGAACCACUAGGCAUAUCUGUUUCGGUUUAGGGUUCUAUUGUGAAAGUCAUUUAUGUUUUUGCAAUCCGUAGAGGCAUAGGCCUUUAUAAGCGCAAUGUAGCCUACUUUUCUUGUUCUUAUCUCGUAUAUAUUUUGUUGUCUUUAUAUUUCAGUUGCAUGUUCACUCGAUGAUCAAGGCCUAAACCUGCACGUUAUUUGGUUACAAAGUGGCUUUGCAAUGGGCCUGCUGCUGCGUUGCUAUAUAUUUGCCUGUGCUUUCCUACUCUGCUCGCAUGGAGGUCGUGUUUGUAGUCAAUGACUGUCAAAUGUGUCAGUAGGAAACUGGGGGAGGUGGAGCUACAUUUCCGAGAGCCGAUGAUCAUGCGCUCCUCAAAUGUCACCAUCUCCCGGGGCUAUGUGCGCUAAGAGUGCCAUUACAACGACCUUAUUAAUAUAAUAGCACUAGAAAAACCCACCCAAGCUUGAUAUUUGAAGGCUCUCUCUCUCUCUCUAAACCAGACCGAUUAACUCGAAGGCGUGGUGCCAUAGCCGAGUGUGUUAGGUCAUGUUAGUAGCACCAUGGACAGCACCGUGGUGUUUUUGUGCAAGGCCGAUAAACAAAGCCACGAAGCCAUUUUCUUUCUCUUUAAACACAUAUUCAUAAAUCAUCUAAAUGUAUUCAAAUGUGUCCUACUCUAGGCCUAUAGGUCUAAUUCCAUUAUGUGCAAGAGAGAAGAAAAUAGGCUAACAUGGUCGAGGAGGAGACUUUGGGUAGGCUAGUUGCUCUGGUGAGCGGAUAUGCAGUUUAAUAUUUUAGUAUAUAGUGAUUAACUGUCUGGUUCAUUAAAGGCUAUUCCUCAAAUAAUAGAAUCACCACCGGUUAUAACGUCCAACUAUAUAGGCCAAGUAGGCCUAAUCAUAGGUAUGCCUAAAAUGCUAUAUGAUACAUAUUCUUUGCACAUUGCUGCAUGUUUAACGCAACAUGAUCUUGGAACAGUGUAUGCCUCAAUGCCAUUGAUUUAACAGCGCUAGUACUUGUCGGCCUACUGUAUUGUUCUCUUAUAUUUCUCUGUGGGAAUCUCAACCACACAGCCCUAUUGUGUAUGGGGAGCUUGUUGUGUAUGCAAUAACAGUCAUGGUUAUUUAUCACCCUCUUAUCAACCAUCGACCGUUUUUACCUGUAGCUCUGUCCAGAUUGAACAUGUGAUGAUUUUCUAGGGGUGCUCUUCAAGGAUAGUUUUGUGUUUAAGCUUUUUAGAACAUUUUGUAAACAAAUAAGAUUAACAACAAAUAAGAAGAACACCAACAAUCAACAUUACAUUAUGUCAUGGAAUGAAAUUGCCAUACAUGGAAAAAAUAAAGUAUGUCACACAGUCUUAUAUAUCUUGUAUCCCUAAUAGGUUAGGAUGUCACCAGUGCACACAGUUUGGGCCUGUCUAAGUAUGUACACUAUGUAUACAAAAGUAUGUGCACACCCCUUCAAAUUAGUGGAUUUGGCUAUUUCAGCCACACACGUUGCUGACAGGUGUAUAAAAUCGAGCACACAGCCAUGCAAUCUCUAUAGACAAACGUUGGCAGUAGAAUGGCCUUACUGAAGAGCUUAGUGACUUUCAAUGUGGCACCGUCAUAGGAUGCCACCUUUCCAACAAGUCAGUUCAUCAAAUAUCUGCCCUGCUAGAGCUGCCCCGGUCAACUGUAAGUGCUGUUAUUGUGAAGUGGAAACGUCUAGGAGCAACAAUGGCUCAGCCGCGAAGUGGUAGGCCACACAAGCUCACAGAAUGGGACUGCCGAGUGUUGAAGUGCGUAGCGCGCAAAAAUCCUCUGUCCUCGGUUGCAACACUCACUACCGAGUUCCAAACUGCCUCUGGAAGCAACAUCUGUGCGGCCAAAAGGUUUGCCCAACCCUGAUGUAUGUUGUAUGCUGGUGUUGUAUAAGCCUGACUGUGUGUCCUAUAUCUCUCCUCUCCAAUAGAAAAUGAGUUCAGAGGGCAGCUGCUGAACCAGAGGUGGACACGAGGAGACAGAAUAAGCAGAUUCUGUGAGACCAAGAGGAGCCUUCGAAUCAAAGUAAGAAGCUGUGUGUGUGUGUGCUGAUAUUUCCUUUUAAAAGCUUAUAUUAGAGUUGAUAAGGGCUCUGCUUUCGUAACAACAGCUUGCUCCUUUAAAAUACUUGUGUGCAGGAAGAGGAAGAUAGGGGGGAAAAUACAUUGAUACUGCUAUGGCACUGUAUACAUUGAGGAUGCAGAAUAAUUGUAGAGAAGUCACUCAAAAAGUGAAGCCUUUGUAUCUGUGUGUCUGUGUGUGUGUGUGUGUGUGUGUGUGCGUGUGUGUGUGUGUGUGUGUGUGUGAACAAGAGAAAGAGAGACAGAUAGUGAGUGCAGUGUCAUGACACUCUGUGUGUUUCAGAUGAGUCAGGACGCAGCAGAAACGAGAACCCGGACCCGCUCAAAAGGCAUCAGAGGUGAGCUGGGGCCAAUCAGACAUGCACGUACAGUAGGCACGCACGCAGGCACACAUGCACACUCACUAAUUGAAACGGCUUCAUUUGUUGUGUAUUGUAGGAUAAGUGUGUGUCUUAUGAUGUUCUCUCUCUGUCUUUUUAUUCCCCAGUACCCGUUGAACUCGUGGGAGCAGAGUUAAGGUGAGAGAGUAAGAUUCUUUCUGCUACUGUGUUGAAUCCACCCACACAGUUGUCCUGUUACUGUAUACAUGUAGGACACUCCUGAUAAAUGCAAUAUGGCUUUAGACUGGCCAGGUGCACUAAAACCAGAGCAUGCAGAUAUUCAGAGCAAAUAAACUAGGCUGGUGAUGAACUGAAAAGCACAUACAAAGUUUGAACGUAUUCAUUGUGCAAGAUGAAUAAAACAAAUGUUUGUUUUCUGUUUGUUUCACUAAGUAGCUGCCCCACCCCCGGAUGCGAUGGUUCAGGCCAUGUCAUUGGGAGAUAUUCACGACACAGAAGGUAUGAUAUACUAACUAGACUAACCACCGCCAACUCUUAGCGCUCAAGUUCCUUUGCUAACACCAGUUUUUAAUGCAAAUACUUUGGGUCAUUGAGAAAAAACUCCAUUAAAAAUACCACAUAUAGUGGUAUUAAGGGUAAUUCAAAAGUCUCUUAAAAUACGUUCUCCAGUGAUUUUUGAACUUUACCUGUUCCAAAACGAUAUCCUCAGUAUAAAUACAGUAAAGUACACACAAUAAAGGGUAAACAAAUAUUGUAAACAUCAAGGAGUAGGGCAUUGGUCUGAUGGUGACUUUGUGAUGUCAUCAGUCACCCUCCUUGCUCAAGAAACAGUAGAGGAGCAAUAGAGAACAAAAGAGGAAAGGCUCAUCCCCCCCACUUGUGCCAUGUCAUGAGGAUACCUGGACCACCUAUUGAGAUGUGCCUUUUGUUAAGUAAAUCAGGUGUUAAAUUAGGUGAAAAGGAGACUGGAGUAAGACUUUAACACCCAUCUCCUCACCUUGCACCCAUAGCGUUCUUGGAUGCCCAAUAGUGAAGAAGAGGAAAAUUGUGGAGGUGGAGGCAGAAGAUAAUCAACCCGCCCCCAAGAAAAAGACCCCGCCCCUGAAGUUGGCCAUGGACGAGAGCUUCAACACAGCAGACAGUGAUGCCGCCAGUGAGGCGGAGCAUAAGGAGGGGGAGGAGUCAGAGGAGGAGGAGCAGAAAGAGAAGGAAAAUAACAAAACGCCAAACCCUCCCAAGUCCAUGAAAGGUGAGUCAAGAGAAGACCAGAAUCCAAGGAAAAUAUCACAUUUAUCAUGGAUUGUUAUUGGCUAUUACAGUGGUACAGAGUUGUACUUUUGUUUCUGAGAAUGAUACUAAAGUGAGUAUUGAUGAAAAGACAAAUACAGGGAACCGCUCAUUAUUUAGCAAUAACCUAUCAACUCUGCACUGUACACAGCCGAUUGCUCACAGGUGGUACCUGAAAACACAGAAAAAGAGACGUCUGUUGAGUCUGACACCAUAGCUGCACCUAAAGCAGGGACUCCGCAGAAGGACACAGCCACCACAACCCAACAGCAGGCAGAAGCAAAGGCAGACAGACAUGAGGAGGAGGUGCAAGUAGUGGCAGAGAUACAGGCCGCUGAGGAGGAGAAGGAGGAGGAAGAUGAGGAUACAGUUGAUGAACACAGAAUAAUAGAGCAGCCCAAAAGCAACGAUGAAACAGGGAGAUCAGAGAGUGAGGAGAAGCAAAAGGAGGAGGUAGGAGAGGAGGAGGAGGAGGAGGAGGGAGUGGAGGAAGAGAAAGAGGAGGAGAGGCAAUGUGUGAGUCAGGAAAUCUCAGAUCACCAGUACUCCAGUGGCGACUACAGCAGGCAUCAGGCAAAAGAGGAGGGAGAUGAGGAAGAAGAGGAAGAGAAGAAGGGAGAGGAAAAGGAGGAGGAAGAGAAGGAGGAGGAGGAAGAGAAGGAGGAGGUGGAAGAGGAGGAAGAGGAGGAAGAGGAGGUAGAGGAAGAAAAGGAGGAGGAGGAGGAUGAGGUGGUCUACAUGGAGCCUGCCAUCCCUCUUGCCUCUAGUACUCCUGCUCAGGAAUGUGAGGAUACAGAAGUGGAACCGGGGGAGGUAAAGAUUGGUACCCCGUUGACUGAAGAGGAGGAAGAGGAGGAGGAAGAAGAGGAGGAAACAGAAGCAGGGGAGGUGGAAGAAGAGGACCACAACUCUCUCAAAGCCCCACCUACCACAGUGGUCAACGAGAUACGAUCUGAGGAGGAGGAAGAGGAGGAGGAAGAGGAGGAGGAAGAUGACUGUCUCUCACAGGGUUCGGGCGUGACAGAUGACUCAGAGACCUGGGAUAUGACCCGGGGGAACUUGGGACUGCUGGAGCAAGCCAUCGCCCUGAAGGCCGAGCAGGUGAGAGGGCCGCACGUCGACCAACAGUCUCCCGAGCACCAGCACUACCACAGCCCCGACGACAGGGCCAGCAAUGCCAUGGACCCAGCCAUGCGACACAGAGGACACCACAGCAAAGGUAGGACAGUUUAUGGUUUAUCAGGAUAUCUUUUAACCCACCAUAGGUUCAUCUUCCAAUUGUUAGGGAUUCUGUUCACUCAACAUCUCUCCCCUUCCCAUCCAGAAAAGAAGGAGGUGAAAUGCCCCACCCCUGGGUGUGAUGGGACGGGCCAUGUGACUGGGCUGUACCCUCACCACCGCAGCCUCUCUGGGUGCCCUCACAAAGACAGGAUCCCACCUGAGAGUGAGUACUGUUUUUUGUAGUUGUACUUUUGUUUCUGAGAGUGAGUACUAGCAGAGCACUAACACGCUAAUACCAAAGUUCUAACAGGGAAACAUUACAUGUACUCCUUUGAACAAUAUGUAGAUCUGCCACACAUACUCUGUCUUUCUCUCUCUCCCUCCAUCUCCCUAGUACUGGCCAUGCACGAGAACGUGCUGAAGUGUCCAACUCCAGGAUGCAUAGGCCAGGGUCACGUAAACAGCAAUCGCAACACACACCGCAGGUAUUAUACUGUCCAAUGAUUAUAACCUGACAUUGACCUUUUAUCCCUACACUUAAUAAAUACUAUUAUUGAGGAUAUGGGACAUUAGCAGCUGAUGAGCUGUAGUUCUAGUCACAAUGUUAGUCAAUUAAAAGGAUCUAUUUGUGGUGGAAUUCUAUACAUUUUCACUAUCUCUCUUUGUCCCUCUCAGUCUGUCCGGUUGUCCCAUAGCAGCUGCAGAGAAACUCUCCAAGGGGGGCCAUGUCACCCCCAGUCACCCCCAGCCUUCAGUCAGCGAGCCCCCAACUGGGAGCCCCCACUCAGACAGAGUUCUCAGGUGAGCCCUCUCUGCUCCUCCCUUUCUCCAUAUCUCCACUUACUACCAUAGCUGUCCAUCUCUGCAUUUUACUAAUCUUUUACCCCUUCUCUUGUACAAAUUGUUCUGACUGUUUCACCACCUCUGUCUCUUACCUUUCUUCUCUCUCUCUCUCUCUCUCUCUCUCUCUCUCUCUCUCUCUCUCUCUCUCUCUCUCUCUCUCUCUCUCUCUCUCUCUCUCUCUCUCUCUCUCUCUCUCUCUCUCUCUCUCUCUCUCUCUCUCUCUCUCUCUCUCUCUCUCUCUCUCCUACAGACCUAUGUGUUUUGUGAAGCAGCUGGAGAUCCCUCAGUACGGCUACAGACCCAACAUGGUGCCUGCCACGCCCCGCGCCAACCUGGCCAAAGAGCUGGAGAAAUACUCCAAGGUCUCCUUCGACUAUGCAAGCUUCGACGUCCAGGUGUUUGGGAAGCCUUUGCUGGUUCCAAAGAUGCCCUCCACCAGUCAAACCUCACCCAAAGCCUUCAAAUGUAAGAUGAUCUUGGCAUUUGUUGAAUUUCUGUUGGAAACCAUUGCUUAAAGGGAUAGUUCUCCCAAAUUACAAAAUGAAAAUAGUGCCAGGGAAACUAAACUAAGGCAUGUAUUGCUGUCAUACCUUGUCCAUAGACUGCUUACAGGGUAAAAAGAAAAACAAUGUGUCAUUUUGUAAUUUGGGUGAACUGUCCCUUUAACUAACAAAACAUAACUUUUACUUUUCACGUCAUUGUUCAUGAGAGAAAUUGGUCGGUAGUCUAGGAUCACGACCCUGCUGGUUAUAGGACAACUGUAAUGGCAGCUUGGUGCGUGUUAUACUGUGAAGGUCAAUUCUCAUUUGUACACACCCACCCUCUCUCUCCUCUACAGCUAAACCAUUCCCUAAGGCCACGUCCCCGAGCCAUAGCUUCUCGGGAGGAUAUGCAAAGAGCAGCUCCUCCUCGUCCUCCAGUGGCUACGAUUACUCCCAUGAUGCCGAGGCUGCUCAUAUGGCUGCCACUGCCAUCCUGAACCUGUCCACACGCUGCUGGGAGAGUCCAGAGAACCUUAGCACCAAACAGCAGGACCCAGCUGGCAAGGUAGGCCUCUCUGUUACCCAGCUCAGCCCAGCCUAGCCUGUUGGUGGUUGACUUUAUAAAGAAUAUAUUUUUCCCUCUUGAAAGUAUUUAUUGGACACACUGCAUUACUACCCGCGCACACGCACGCACACACGUAGUAACAUAGUCCUUGUACCUUCAGGAAAUAGAUAUUGAAGUGGAUGAGAAUGGGACACUGGACCUGAGCAUGAAGAAGCCCAUCAAGAUGGAAGGGAUGCAAUCACCAGACCAAUCUUCAUCCUCCUCCUCUUCCUCGCAGCACACGGGAGGUGUUCCCUCGUCCCAGGCCCACCUGCAGGAGGAGUUGGAGGGGCCUCUGGACUUCACCAAGCCAAACUGUCCCAAAGAGAAGGAGGAGCAGGAUGAGGUAACCGCUUUAUGCCAAGUCUGCGACUAACACCAAACCAUUGGAAUUAUGAUAAUGUUAUAGUCUUGAGAGAAGUUAGUGUGUGUUCUAGCCUCAGCUUCCAGUGAUGCAUGAGAAUUGGAAAUAUGGCAAGGUGAGACGUGUGUGAUUAUGUUCUGAAUGCAUGAUUUGUUAUGCUAGAGCUGCCAUCUUUGCCAGGUCUUCUUUGUAAAAUAGCUUUUUUGUCUCAAUGGGACAUCCUGGUUUGAAUAAAGGCUGGAUUAAAUGAUCAACUAUAAUCUCCAUCCUUACCUGUGUUUGUUUGACCUUCUGUCAGAUGGACUAUGUGGCCCACUCCUACACCUCCUCUGAUGCAGAAGAUGAUGACAUCACCCAGGAGUGCAUGGAGGACAGGAAGUACCCAGGCGAGGUCACCACGUCCAGCUUCAAGGUCCAGUUCUCGCCCAAAGACUGCAAAAAAGAGGUUCUACUGUAAGAAUACUCUAAAAUAACUUCAAUCCAACAUUCAUAACAACGUUAUAAGUGAAAAAGAACCUACAUUUAAAUAUUUAAUUGUCUAUCUAUGUCUAUCUACCUAGUACUCUAAUCUCAAGGCUGACACAUCACUAUGAUAAAGAACACAGUUGAAAGUAGUACUGCCAUCCACCCUCAUUAUGUUUUCAAUGAAUUAAUUUCCAAUAACUUCCAAUUAUCUUCAGAUGUCCCACCCCAGGUUGUGAUGGCAGUGGGCACAUCACUGGAAACUACGCGUCACAUCGGAGGUAUGACACAGCCCCACUCCCCUGCAUUACAACCAAUGCAGUCGGUGGCACUGUUUCAAAUUGUACAUCUUACAACUGCAUACAACUGCAUUUAUAGUGUUUUUCAGGAACUGAUACUGAAUGUCAACUAAUUUACAAAUCUGCAUAAAAAAUCCUGAACUUUCAAUAAUUACUAUACUCUAUUGUGCUACUAUGAGUCCUGUAAACAGUAUUCAUUGUUAUGAUUAAUGAUCGAGGCCUUUCCUUUAUUCUGCCCUUAUUAAAUGACUACACAAUAUCCUCUCUCUAUAUAUAUAUUUUCCAUAUCUUCCAGUCUGUCAGGCUGUCCUCUUGCUGAUAAGUCUCUUCGGACCCUCAUGGCUGCCCACUCUGCUGAACUGAAGUAUGUCUGUGCUUGUAUUCCCCCUUCCUUCCUUCCUUCUAACCCAGGCAUGUGUGCAGGCAUUGGUUCCAGUUCAGCUCCAACACACCUACAAACCUAAUUGUUGUCUGACUUCAAGGAUUUUAAUUAGGUGUGUUAGUGCUGGGCUGGAAUAAAAACCUUCACACACUGCGGCCCUCCUUGACCAGAGUUUCCUAUCCCUGUUCUAACCCUACUUUAUACUGACAUGACUGAACCCUUUGUAUUGUCACUACAAUGUGCGGGGAUGUGUUUUCCCUCUGUAUCAAACAAAUUGCUAUCCCAUAGAGAAAGUGUUAGCUACCUUUAUGACAAAGCGCUUUCAUAUCACCUCUACAUUUGCAAUACAUAUGAAUAUCUCAUGCAGUGCUAUGCUGACCUGACCUGACUUCUCUCUGGUUGACUCCCAGGUGUCCGACCCCUGGAUGCGAUGGAUCAGGUCACAUCACUGGAAACUACGCCUCCCAUAGAAGGUACAGUGCCUUGCAAAAGUAUUCAUCCCCCUUUGCAUUUUUCCUAUUUUGUUGCAUUACAACCUGUUAUUUAAAUUUAUAUUUAUUUGGAUUUCAUGCAAUGGACAUACACAAAAUAGUCCAAAUUGGUGAAGUGAAAUGAAAAAAAUAACUUGUUUCAAAAAAUUAUAAAAAAUAAAUAACGAAAAAAAGUGGUGCGUGCAUAUGUAUUCAGCCCCUUUGCUAUGAAGCCCCUAAAUAAGAUCUGGUGCAACCAAUUACGUUCAGAAGUCACAUAAUGAGUUAAAUAAAUUCCAUCUGUGUGCAAUCUAAGUGUCACAUGAUCUGUCACAUGAUCUCAGUAUAUAUACACCUGUUCUGAAAGGCCCCAGAGUCUGCAACACCACUAAGCAAGGGGCACCACCAAGUAAGUGGCACCAUGAAGACCAAGGAGCUCUCCAAACAGGUCAGGGACAAAGUUGUGGAGAAGUACAGAUCAGGGUUGGGUUAUAAAACAAUAUCUGAAUUUUUGAACAUCCCACGGAGCACCAUUAAAUCCAUUAUUAAAAAAUGGAAAGAAUAUGGCACCACAACAAACCUGCCAAGAGAGGGCCAACCACCAAAACUCACGGACCAGGCAAGGAGGGCAUUAAUCAGAGAGGCAACAAAGAGACCAAAGAUAACCCUGAAGGAGCUGCAAAACUCCACAGCGGAGAUUGGAAUAUCUGUCCAUAGGACCACUUUAAGCCAUACACUCCACAGAGCUGGGCUUUACGGAAGAGUGGCCAGAAAAAAGGCAUUGCUUAAAGAAAAAAAUAAGCAAACACGUUUGGUGUCCGCCAAAAGGCAUGCGGGAGACUCCCCAAACAUAUGGAAGAAGGUACUCUGGUCAGAUGAGACUAAAAUCAAGCUUUUUGGCCAUCAAGGAAAACGCUACAUCUGGCGCAAACCCAACACCUCUCAUCACCCCGAGAACACCAUCCCAACAGUGAAGCAUGGUGGAGGCAGCAUCAUGCUGUGGGGAUGUUUUUCAUCGGCAGGGACUGGGAAACUGGUCAGAGUUGAAGGAAUGAUGGAUGGCGCUAAAUACAGGGACAUUCUUGAGGGAAACCUGUUUCAGUCUUCCAGAGAUAUGAGACUGGGACGGAGGUUUACCUUCCAGCAGGACAAUGAUCCUAAGCAUACUGCUAAAGCAACACUCGAGUGGUUUAAGGGGAAACAUUUAAAUGUCUUGGAAUGGCCUAGUCAAAGCCCAGACCUCAAUCCAAUUGAGAAUCUGUGGUAUGACUUAAAGAUUGCUGUACACCAGCGGAACCCAUCCAAAUUGAAGGAGCUGGAGCAGUUUUGCCUUGAGGAAUGGGCAACAAUCCCAGUGGCUAGAUGUGCCAAGCUUAUAGAGACAUACCCCAAGAUACUUGCAGCUGUAAUUGCUGCAAAAUGUGGCUCUACAAAGUAUUGACUUUGAGGGGGGUGAGUAGUUAUGCACGCUUAAGUAAUUUUUGUUCAUUUUUUUUUUCUUGUUUGUUUCACAAAAAAAAUAAAAUAAUCAUCUACAAAGUGGUAGGCAUGUUGUGUAAAUCAAAUGAUACAACCCCCCCCCCAAAAUCAAUUUUAAUUCCAGGUUGUAAGGCAACAAAAUAGGAAAAAUGCCAAGGGGGGUGAAUACUUUCGCAAGCCACUGUAUGCACAGAUCAUUUAUCGCUUUUGUUUCUAUUUUUAUUUAAUCUUAGAAAAUCUAACUGGAGGAUAAUCUAAAAAGGACUGUAUGCAAAUCCUUAUUUUUCUCUCUACGUCUGUCAGUUUGUCUGGAUGCCCUCGUGCUAAGAAAGGUGCUGUCAAGACAACACCCACCAAGGAUGACAAGGAAGACUCUGAGCUUUUAAGGUUGGUACACAACCAACAAUUCCUUUUCUUUUCCAUCCACACAACGGAUCGCCCUUUAUUCGGCCCUCUAGCUUUCAAACUGAUACUGAUUGCUUUCCUUUUGUCUCUCUCUCUCUCUUUCCCCUCUCCUUCCUUGUUGUCCCUGGCUUUCCCCACUCCAUUAGUAGAUGCCCGGUGCCCGGCUGUGACAGCCUGGGCCACAUCAGUGGGAAGUAUGCCACCCACCGUAGUGCCUACGGGUGCCCCCUGGCAGCGCGGCGUCAGAAGGAGGGGCUCCUCAACGGUUCUCCUUUCUCCUGGAAGGCCUUUAAGACAGAGGGCCCCACUUGUCCCACCCCCGGCUGUGACGGAUCAGGACACGCCAACGGCAGCUUCCUCACACACCGCAGGUAUUACACUCAUUCAAAUUCAAUUGUUUUUGGGGGGAUUCGUACAAACACUUUACAAAAACUAUUUUAUUAACAUAUUAUAGGUUAUUUGAUAGAUUUUUACAUCUAGUCAGGUUUUUAAAGCACAGCAAAACAUAUUGUAUAAAGACAAAAAAACUGAUGGCAUAUUAAAAUAAACUAACUAAAUUAGUUUGGCCCUAUUCUAGCAGCACUCCAUCACUAGCCUCAUCUCUCUUUUCCUCUUCUGUUGUUCCCAGUCUCUCUGGUUGUCCCAGAGCCUCUGCUAAUAAGAAGAGAACCAGGUUCCCUGGAGAUGAGUACAUUACAGCAAAGUUCAAGGCCAGCGAUGGUAAGUCUGGGGAUAUACAGUGGGGAAAAAAAGUAUUUAGUCAGCCACCAAUUGUGCAAGUUCUCCCACUUAAAAAGAUGAGAGAGGCUUGUAAUUUUCAUCAUAGGUACACGUCAACUAUGACAGACAAAUUGAGAGAGAAAAAUCCAGAAAAUCACAUUGUAGGAUUUUUUAUGAAUUUAUUUGCAAAUUAUGGUGGAAAAUAAGUAUUUGGUCACCUACAAACAAGCAAGAUUUCUGGCUCUCACAGACCUGUAACUUCUUCUUUAAGAGGCUCCUCUGUCCUCCACUCGGUACCUGUAUUAAUGGCACCUGUUUGAACUUGUUAUCAAUAUAAAAGACACCUGUCCACAACCUCAAACAGUCACACUCCAAACUCCACUAUGGCCAAGACCAAAGAGCUGUCAAAGGACACCAGAAACAAAAUUGUAGACCUGCACCAGGCUGGGAAGACUGAAUCUGCAAUAGGUAAGCAGCUUGGUUUGAAGAAAUCAACUGUGGGAGCAAUUAUUAGGAAAUGGAAGACAUACAAAACCACUGAUAAUCUCCCUCGAUCUGGGGCUCCACGCAAGAUCUCACCCCGUGGGGUCAAAAUGAUCACAAGAACGGUGAGCAAAAAUCCCAGAACCACACGGGGGGACCUAGUGAAUGACCUGUAGAGAGCUGGGACCAAAGUAACAAAGCCUACCAUCAGUAACACACUACGCCACCAGGGACUCAAAUCCUGCACUGCCAGACGUGUCCCCCUGCUUAAGCCAGUACAUGUCCAGGCCCGUCUGAAGUUUGCUAGAGUGCAUUUGGAUGAUCCAGAAGAGGAUUGGGAGAAUGUCAUAUGGUCAGAUGAAACCAAAAUAGAACUUUUUGGUAAAAACUCAACUCGUCGUGUUUGGAGGACAAAGAAUGCUGAGUUGCAUCCAAAGAACACCAUACCUACUGUGAAGCAUGGGGGUGUAAAUAUCAUGCUUUGGGGCUGUUUUUCUGCAAAGGGACCAGGACGACUGAUCCGUGUAAAGGAAAGAAUGAAUGGGGCCAUGUAUCGUGAGAUUUUGAGUGAAAACCUCCUUCCAUCAGCAAGGGCAUUGAAGAUGAAACGUGGCUGGGUCUUUCAGCAUGACAAUGAUCCCAAACACAUCGCCCGGGCAACGAAGGAGUGGCUUCGUAAGAAGCAUUUCAAGGUCCUGGAGUGGCCAAGCCAGUCUCCAGAUCUCAACCCCAUAGAAAAUCUUUGGAGGGAGUUGAAAGUCUGUGUUGCCCAGCGACAGCCCCAAAACAUCACUGCUCUAGAGGAGAUCUGCAUGGAGGAAUGGGCCAAAAUACCAGCAACAGUGUGUGAACACCUUGUGAAGACUUACAGAAAACGUUUGACCUGUGUCAUUGCCAACAAAGGGUAUAUAACAAAGUAUUGAGAAACUUUUGUUAUUGACCAAAUACUUAUUUUCCACCAUAAUUUGCAAAUAAAUUCAUUAAAAAUCCUACAAUGUGAUUUUCUGGAUUUCUUUUCCUCAUUUUGUCUGUCAUAGUUGACGUGUACCUAUGAUGAAAAUUACAGGCCUCUCUCAUCUUUUUAAGUGGGAGGAACUUGCACAAUUGGUGGCUGACUAAAUACUUUUUUCCCCCACUGUACAGUAACUUAAAUGUUUCAUCUGACAGUUUGUACAUAACGGGGCAAAUCGUAAUUUCCACUUAGUCUUGCAUUGAUUUCAGUGGAAGUUAGGAUUUGUCCCAACAUGAUGAGUGGAUCAAGUCAACAACACAUCAGUAAAACUAGAUGAUCUUCAAUUAUGUUUGCGGCAGGUAGCUUAGUGGUUAAGAGCUGUCACGCCCUGAAUCUGGGGACUCUAGUAUGUUGAGCCAGGGUGUGAGUUUUCAUGUGUGUUGGUUCUAGUUGUUGUUUAUCUAUGUUGGCCAGGGUGGCUCCCAAUCGGAGACGGCUGUAGCUCGUUGUCUCUGAUUGGGAGUCAUACUUAGGUAGCCGUUAGGCAUUCAUUCAUUGUGGUUUCUUGUUCGUGUUGGUUUGUGUUUGACCAUUGACUGUCACGUCAUCGUUUUGUUGUUUUUGAUCGUGUGAUCAUUAUAUAAAUAAAUAUGUUCGCAUUCAACGCUGCGCCUUGGUCCUCCUCUGUUCCCGACGAGCGUGACGAGCAUUAUGCCAGUAAUCGAAAGGUCGCUGGUUCUAAUCCCCAAGCCGACUAGGUGAAAAAUCUGUCGAUGUGCCCUUGAGCAAGGCACUUAACCCUAAUUACUCCUGUAAGUCGCUCUGGAUAAGAGCGUCUGCUAAAUGACUUAAAUGUAAUGUUUGACUGUUGGAGUCCAUCAACCAUUGGUUGUUACUGGUUGCUUAAUUUCCCCAGUUCUGGAUAAUGAUGAAGAUAUCAAGCAGCUGAACAAAGAGAUCGGGGAACUGAGUGAGUCCAACUCAGAGAUGGAGGAUGACAUGAUGAACCUGCACACACAGGUGAGUUUGCCACUUGUUAACAAUACCCACUAAAUACUGUCCCGACUGUACGUUCCUAAUUCAAUUCGAAAUCAAAAAUGAAUUGUAUAGAGUGUUUCUGACUGGUUUGUGGCUGACUGAAGAACGGUGGUUGAUUGAUUUGUGGUUCUCUGCUCCAGAUCUCGUCCAUGGAGAAGAACCUGAAGAGUAUGGAGGAGGAGAACAAGCAGAUUGAGGAGAGGAACGAUGCCCUGUAUAUGCACCGGCACUCUCCACAAAUGCACCGGCACUCGCUCACAAAUUAACGCAUACAGCUUGUCUCUAACGCAUUACAUGUGUUUACUUCAGCAGGAGCCUAUGUCGGACCUGAACUUCGAUACCUACGUGGACACAUUGACCCAUAUGUUUUCCAAUAAAGAUUGCUACCAAAAUCCGGAGAACCGCGCUCUGUUGGAGUCCAUCAACCAAGCAGUAAAAGGCAUUGAA